GACUUUGUUUAUAACAAUGUUUUAAAAAAAGACAGAUGUUCAUUAAAAAUAUAACUGUGUAUCUCUGCUUAUAUUUAAGCGUACGUGGAUUAUUCCUCUCGUAUGGAAAUUGUGUUGCUGAAUUUUCUAUUCAUGAUUUGCUUCGUACAGAAACCAGUAUGCAGAAAACGAUUCUAUCAAUACUUGACUGCUUGAUAGAGACAAGAGGUUCUACCGAUAUGUUGAGAGCAUUUUACGAUCUGCUGGAAUGUGACGAAAAUGGACGGACACCUACAGACAGCAAUUUUAUAGAAAAGUCAAGAUCACCGCUUCAAGUAAUUGCGAAACAAGGAAAUAAGAACAUUGUUUACCAUGACGCAGUGAGGUUGCUUACAAGAAGAAAAUGGAAGCUGUAUGCCAAAAGGAGGUUUGAACUUAAUUCUUUUCUGUAUAUUAUUGGACUGUUUUGUAUCACAUAUUCCGCUAUCGUGACUGUGACGACGCCCAAGCCUGAUGUUUAUAAUGGUCCUCUACAAAUAUCUACGGCUGUAUUUGAAGUGUUAUCCCUUGUUAUGGUUGCGCAAACAUUGUCAACAGAAAUUAGUCAAUUGAGACGCACUUUCUGGGGAAUAUUGUUUGUUGGCAUUCGAUCGUUGACAGAAGCUCAACCCGUGGUUGAUUACACUGGAGACGACGGAUAUGGGAAAAUCAGUGUUAUACUUAUGCUAUGCUUCCUGUUCACGUGUAUCGUCAUCCUUCUCAACAUUCUUAUUGCACAAUUGACUGAUACAUAUCAAAAGGUCCAGCAAGAUGCUCAAAGAGGAUUAGAGGUCAAUAGAGCAUGGAUUGUUGCCAGAGUGGAGUUAAACACUUUCUUCUUUGGAAAGAACUUUAGAAAAUCUCACUACAAGGCGUAUGAAGAUAUCGAAAAUUUGAAAGAUGUGCUCACAAAAUGGGAAUCUCCACCGCUCAAUGAAAUGAACAAAUAUGUCGAAGACAUCUGGGAUACCUUAGACAAUCAUAAAAUGAAUCUCCUUACCAUUCAACAUAGGUUGGUUCGUCAGGAAAAUACUUUGAAAAACAUGCAGUAAGUUUAACGUUUAAACUGAUUUUUGUAAAAACUAAAUUGGUUUGCAAUAUGUCACCUUGUAUAUUUAGUUAUACUUUCAUCCAAAACUGUGAUAUGAAACACAAUCUAUACAGUAGAUUUGUAUCCUUAAUAAAAGCUUCCGGAGUGUUUCAAAAUUUCUUGAAAAGCAAUAGUUUUAAUUUGCAUGUUGUAAUCAAAUUGUAACUAGCCUAAAAUAUAUGAAUUUUCUCAAAAUAGUAUUUUCUGUUAUGAUAAAAAGACAAAUGCGUUUUGGUAAAAAGCAGGUUGCUAUAUUAUGAGUGUAUUAUUGUUAUCAAUAUGGCAUUGUAUUUUACAUCAUUCUUAGAUUGUGAGAAUCCAUUUAAGUGAUACGGUCACGUACACCGCAGUUUUCGUAUUCUUCUUAAGAAAAUACUUGCUAAUAUUUACA